AUGACAUCAAGGACAAGGAAAGGUGCCACCUCACCUGAAAAAGGGAGACCGGAGGCCCCUCUUGGGGUGAGGCUCAGGAGGGAAGCUCAUGAGGGUCGUUUCUCUUUGAGUCCAGAUUGUGGAGGGGACAACUCUGACUGUUGUUUGUGCAAUGCACUGAACGGCAGCUCGGAGUACCUGGCUUUCUGGGAGUCUCUGGGUGCUGUCCUGGAUGGGGAUGGAGAAACCUGGAGGGAGGUGAUUGGGAGGAACAGCACACCUGAUCUGAACCUGAGUGGUGUUCUGUCAUUGGAUGUCUAUGCUAGUCAUGGUUCAGCCAUAGCAAACGCCAUGUUUGAGCACAAGGUGUCUCAUAAGUCCAUGUUCAAAGCCAACCUUUCCGAAGUGGUAGUUAGGACCUGUGACCAGAAGGUCACUAGUGCCUGUUGUGACCCACUGGUUGACAUCCGUGGUGAAGGAAACAGUCAGGCUGAAGAAGGAGGUCUUUUGGGCCUGUUUGGCUUGGGGGGUCUCUUGAAACAGUGGAUGGAUACCAGCUGCACUGACAGUCAUACCUUUGUCAGAAAGACUGUCGGUGUCGGACAAAGUGUGAAUCUCACAUGUACUCGCCAGGCAUCUUUGCAUGGACAAACCUUGUACUGGAUCAGACUUGUGUCUGGAAAAUAUCCAGAAUUCUUGGGAGGAACAUUUAGUUUUGAUUAUGAUGGUAUUAAUGAAACGCCUCACAUUACAGCAAAACAAGAGCCUGAAGCUUUUAUUCUCUAUAUUCAUGAAACUCAGCUAAGUGACACCGGUUUUUACUACUGUAUAAAAGUUAAUGAGCCCUACAUGGAAUUUAUGAAUGCAACAUUCCUGAGAAUUAAAGGACCAGAACCAGACAUCAUUGACAUCAUUCAAGUCCCUCCAUCUGAUCCAGAACAUCCAGGAGACUCAGUGUCUCUGCAGUGUUCAGUUCUGUCUGACUCUGAGAAGAAAACAUGUCCAGAACAACAAGACAGGAUGUUCUGGUUCAGAGCUGGGUCAGAUGAAUCUCAUCCCAGAUUAAUUUAUGCUGAUGGAAACAGUCAAGAUGAAUGUGAGACGAAUCCUGAGGCUCAGUCUCCUCAGAAAUGUAUCUACAGCUUCUCUAAAACCGUCACCUCCUCUGAUGCUGGGACUUAUUACUGUGCUGUGGCCACAUGUGGACAGAUAUUAUUUGGAAAUGGAGCAAAAUCGGACAAUAACGGACCUGAAGCCAUGAUCUAA